AUGUCAGGGCGCAAUACUAUAGAUCAAGCAUUUGCCAACAACUCCCAAUUACGGAAGAGAAUCUUUGACGCCAUAGACGCAACUCCGCAGUAUGCACCCCUUUUCGAGGACAUUGCUUCCUAUCAUCUCAAUGCCCACGGUCUAAACGGCUCUGCCCACGACGAACCGGCCUCCAAGAAACGCAAACUCCCCGACGGCUCCUCUCUCCCACUCGCCGCUCCAGCGCAGAGAGGUGCAGGUGGUCAACCGCGCGAGGUGAUUCUCGAAGCAAGAGAUAUCUCAUUCUCACUGCCCCAACGCAAAAAAUUGCACCUGGGGAUAGCGCAAUAUGGCACGGAUAUUAACGAUGCCGGGACAAAAUUUGCCAUCUAUACCAGGAAUCCCGCCACAAAUGAAGUCGACAUGGAAGUGCCCUUGGACCAAGUCACCUACGCCCUGAGACUGCCCAUACCAGAGAAAGCUGCGAAACAAUACAACUUCGUCCUGCUCCUGAAGACAUCGGAAUCCAGCAGCAACAACACUGAAGCCAUCAUCUGGGCGGUCAAUGAUGGCCCGCUCAAGUCGUGCCACGUGCCCAGCCAUGACCUUGCGAAAAUCGCUCCGGGUCCCGAUGACAUCCUCGAAAGCGCGCUUGACUAUCUCCUCCAGAAGAGCGGCGGCACAGGUCUCACAUUGCCGACCGCCGAGGAGUUCUCCAGCGCCAAACCUGAAUCCCACCGGAAAGGCGACAAGGCGUACCACGUGAAAGCCUUUCGGGGAAGCAAGGACGGAUACCUCUUCUUCCUGAGCAAUGGCAUUUUCUUCGGGUUCAAGAAACCGCUCUCGUUCUUUGCUUUUGAAGAUGUCGAAAGCAUCUCCUACACGUCCGUGCUGCAGAGGACCUUCAACUUGAAUAUCGUUUACCGAGCCGCCAGCGCAGCGGAUGGACUCAAUGGCGAUGCAAUACAGGAGGUUGAAUUUUCGAUGUUGGACCAGGCGGAUUUUCCGGGUAUUGACACCUACGUCAAGCGCCAUGGUUUGCAGGAUGCCAGUCUUGCGGAGUCGAGGCGAGCAAAGAAGCUGGCGCAAGGCAAGGGUGGUGCAGUAGUACAGAAUGGUGACGGAGGCAAUGCGGAAGGCGAUGAAGUAGAUACCCGCACUGAGCUGGAGAAAGCCCAGCAACAGAUGGACGACGAGGAGGAUGAGGAAGAGGAGGACUACGAUCCCGGCAGCGAGGGGGAGAGUGAAGGCAGUGGUGGCGAAUCGGACGAAGACGAGUAUGAUCGCGAGUAUGAACGGGAGAGGAAGAAGAUGAAGGGCCGGGACUUGGUCAAGGAAGAAUUGGGCAGCGAGGCGGAGGACGUGAGUGUGACUGAGGACGAGGAUGGAGAUGAAGAGGGAGAGGAAGAGGAAGAGGAAGAGGAAGCGCGUGGCGACGAAGACGAAGACGACCAUUAUGACGAAGACGAAGACAACCAGCACGACGAAGAAGACGUCCCGAGCCAUGAUAAACAUACGGCCGUGUCAGGGACCUCGACUGCAGGACCUCAAGCUCAUGGUGCCGCCUGGGGGUAUGAAGAGGGCAUGCCCGACCCUGACGACGAGGAUCAAUUGUGA